AUGUUUGGGUUCAGAAGCUUGGUCUGUCCUGGAAGAAGGGUUUUGACCUAUGUAAAUAGAAGCCUCUUUGUUCAGUGUUCUCCGUUAUGUGGAAGUUUCAAUCGACGGUCCGAAAACCUAUCGAUUAGCAGAAUUAUUAGUAAAUUGUCACCAAGUGACAAAAUGCUCAUGUAUCAAGAAUUAUCCAAAUGCAUCAAGGAAAAGCCGGAAUCCUCAGUGAGUACACAACAAGUUCAGGUAACUCAUUUGACAUAUGCGCAGCUCAAGUGUGUUUUUAUAGGUAACUGUCUCCCUUUCAUAGGAUUUGGUUUCCUGGAUAAUGCAAUUAUGAUAGUGGCUGGGGAGUAUAUUGAUGUGCAAUUCGCAACAUUCUUGGGCAUUUCGACAAUGGCUGCUGCCGGUCUAGGAAAUCUUGUUUCUGAUCUUUUUGGCAUAGGGCUUGUCGGCUACGUUGAAAAGUUCAUGGAAAAAAUUGGUAUUUCCGUUCCCCCAUUGUCUGCAUCCCAACUAGCCAGCAGUUCAGUUCGUUGGUCUAUAGGAAUAGGACGGAUCGUUGGCAUUACUAUUGGUUGUCUUCUAGGUUUAUUGCCUCUUGUUUUGUUCAGUUGGUGA